CUUGGAUAAUAUCAGUCUAGGUUGAUCCGUGCUACUGUUCAGUCAAACAUUUUCGGAAUAUAACAUCUAAAUUUCUGGCACUGGUUUUCUUCCUAAAUUGUUCUUUAAAAAUUUUCCAAAAUGAAACAUUUAAACCUUUUGGCUCCCAUUUCGCACAUAUUGAAGCCCAUUCGCAGGCAAAGUAUUUCGCGAGUUAAUGCCCUUUUGAUAAACGUUCCAAGAGUUCAGAUUGCGAAAGGAAAAAACAAAUACCUAUUGAUGGUAAUCCACAUGCACGGUUUAACAAGGUUUGGUAGAACCAUUGUUCGGGGAUCGGACUCAAAGGACCACGAGGAAAUAUUCGAAGAAACUAAAGAGGAAAUGGACGAAAUUGGCGUAUGUACUAAGUGCCUGGGUGGAGGGUUCAUCAAAAACAAAGAGGAUAAAAAUCUAAUCAAGAUCUAUGGGUGCUGCAAGACCUUUGGAGAAGCUCCCCACGGCAGGACGAAGGACAUAUUGCUGUCAUGGACUAAAUACCAACACUUUAAUAUUAUCUUACCCAAAAAGAAUUUGAAUGCGUAUCAAGAAUAAAUAAUAAACAUU